GGUCAGCUUGACUGGAUUGGAAGGAUUUCCCUCCAAAACCGGGAGCUCCAUCCGCCAUUGGAGGAAGUAUCUUCUGCUCUCAGGACAAACAAUUUGAUGUGUUAUACUCAACGCUAUGUAUCCAAGUUCACUUACUAGCUUUGUUGGAGCUGUUGCUUGCCCUGCAAAAACUGUUACCCGAUGGGACCUCCCUGCCCGCCUCCCCCUCCAGUCUCAGAUUUCUAUGCCCAUCUGCUCCAGACAGGCCUCAAAAGCCAAGACCUUUCCGUGGGGAAAUCCAUUCACGCCAAAGUAAUCAAGUCGGGUCUUCACCUCGGCGUGUUCUUGAUGAACACCCUCAUGAAUUUUUACGCAAAAACCGAGUCUUUCAGGGAUGCCCAACAGGUUUUCGAUGAAAUGCCCGUGAGGAGCGUUUAUUCGUGGAAUACGAUUCUCUCCAUGUAUGCAAAGCACGGAAUGAUCGGUGCAGCCCAUCGUGCGUUCUUGGAGAUGCCGGAGAGGGACUCUGUCUCUUGGACCACUAUGAUUUUGGGGUAUAAUAGGAUUUGUCAAUUUGGGAAGGCGAUUCGAUUAUUUUCAGAUAUGAUUACAGAUAGGACCUCACCGACCCAGUACACGAUUACGAAUGUUCUUGCUUCCUGCGCCGCCCAUCAAGCUCUAGCUGUUGGUAGGAAGGUCCACUCUUUAGUGGUUAAGCUCGGGUUCGGUGGGUGUGUUCCUGUCUCAAAUUCGCUUCUGAACAUGUACAUAAAAUCGGGUGAUGCAGAAACAGCUAAUGUUGUCUUCGGUAGGAUGAAGUUGAAGAAUACAUCCACCUGGAACGUCAUGAUCUCUUUGCACAUGAAUCUUGGUACGGUUGACCUUGCUGUUGCUCAGUUUGAGAGAAUGGAAGAAAGAGACAUGGUUUCUUGGAAUUCAAUGAUUACAGGUUACAACCAACAUGGGUAUGACCUUGAAGCAUUAGAUAUAUUCUCUAGGAUGCUCCAGGAGUCUUCUCUGCAGCCCGAUAAAUUUAGCCUGGGAAGUGCUUUAUCUGCCUGUGCUAAUCUCGGGAACUUGAGGCAUGGAAAAGAAAUCCAUGCUUAUCUUGUAAAAGCUGCAUUUGACAUCUCAGGUUCAGUUGGCAAUGCUCUGAUCUCGAUGUAUGCCAAGUCUGGUCAAGUUGGAAUUGCUAGAAAGAUUGUAGAGAAAAGUGGGACAGCGGGUCUCAAUGUCAUUGCUUUCACUGCUCUUUUGGACGGAUAUCUCAAGCUUGGAGAUGUAACUCCUGCGAGAGAAAUAUUUGACUCAUUGAAAGACCGUGACGUGGUUGUAUGGACAGCCAUGAUCGUAGGUUACAUUCAGAAUGGCCUGGGCAGUGAUGCAGUUAAGGUCUUUAGAGCUAUGCUCAGUGAAGGCCCAAAACCAAACAGUUAUACUCUGGCAGCCAUUUUGAGUGGGAUCUCGAGUUUGGCCUUGUUAAACCACGGAAAGGAAAUCCAUGCUAGUGCCCUAAGAACAGGGGCUAUCUACUCUGUUUCUGUAGGAAAUGGUCUUAUAAAUGUGUAUGCUAAAGCUGGGAAUAUUGAUUCCGCAAGGAAAGUAUUUGAGUCGGUGCACUGGAAGAGGGAUACCGUGUCUUGGACUUCGAUGAUAGCUGCUCAUGCUCAGCAUGGUCUUGGAGAAGAUGCCAUAGAACUGUUCAGUAAGAUGCUUGCAUUAGGGAUAAAGCCCGAUCACAUAACUUACGUAAGUGUUCUCUCUGCUUGUGCACACAUUGGGUUGGUUGAACACGGAAGGAAAUAUUAUGACAUGAUGAGGAAUGUGCAUGGUAUUGAGCCCACCCUAAGCCACUAUGUGUGCAUGAUUGAUCUGUUUGGACGCGCUGGGCUGUUACAGGAAGCCCGAGGAUUCAUCCAGGAGAUGCCUGUGGAGCCUGAUGUCGGAGCUUGGGCUUCACUCCUCUUGUCCUGUAAAUUGCACAAGAAUCUUGAACUUGCUGAAUACGCAGCCGACAGGUUGCUUGCUCUUGAUCCUGAUAAUAGCGGGGCCUACUCGACCCUAGCAAAUCUGUACUCGGCCUGCGGGCGGUGGGAGGAGGCUGCGAGGAUUAGGAAGUCGAUGAAGGACAGAGGAGUGAAGAAAGAGCAGGGGUCCAGUUGGCUUCAGGUACUGGACCGAAUCCAUGUCUUUGGUGCUGAUGACAGUCUUCACCCACAAAAGGAUGAAAUCUACAAGCUGAUGGCAAAGAUCUGGAGGGAGAUUAAGGAGAUGGGUUUCAUUCCCGACACGAACUCGGUUCUGCACGAUCUCGAGGAAGAGGUGAAAGAGCUGAUUCUGAGGCACCACAGUGAGAAGCUUGCAAUUGCGUUUGGGCUGCUGAGUACUCCUGAGGGAAUGACAUUGAGGAUAAUGAAGAACCUACGGGUCUGCAAUGAUUGUCACUCCGCGAUCAAGUACAUCUCCAAGCUUGUAGGCAGAGAAAUUAUCGUCAGGGAUUCGACGCGGUUCCAUCACUUUAGGGACGGUUCAUGUUCUUGUAGGGAGUAUUGGUAGGACUGUGGGGCAGCCACUAAUGUUAAGGCGCUUAAAAGCUUACUAAGAUUUCCUCGCUGGUGGGUCAUCGAGAUCAUGUCGUACUGGGAAUUUCGGGAUAGGAUGGGCAGAUGUCUCAGCAUGCGACUCAGCUAUGGGAGUCGGAGUGAGGUGUGGCCUUUGCUUCGAGGACGACUAUGUAUCAGUCGAGUUUUUAUUGAUAAAUCUGUGACCGGAUAGUUGUUUUUCGAUCAGCCACAUCAAAGGUACACGAUCACCCUUAACAAAUCCUCUCUUUUUUCUUGUGUGAUAAUACAAUGAUUUCAUUUGUAUUUUUAUCAUAAUAAAAAAAAUUUCUUUUUGAGCA